UACUCAACUCUUGAUGUUUUUGGUAUUCAUUAUCACCAUAGAUUAUUUUUCAUGAAGAAGCACACACAAGUCCAACAUUACAAUAAAAAAGUUAGAGAAAUGUACAAAGUUCCCUUUGAUUUUAUUAGCAACUAAAAAGGAAAGAGGGAAGCAAAUGGCCAUAUCAGUGGCAACACCAUUUUCACCAAAUCAUCAACCUUUUUCUUUUCCUUCUUCAUCAACCCAAUAUCUGAAAAUCCACCAUUUUCAUAAUCAAAGGUGUAUUCCCAGAAUACCCUUUUCGUCUUUCAGAAAUAACAACCCUUUACCGGAAACUGAGUGCCCAGUUCCACUAGACCAGCAGCCUGUUAACGAAUUCAAAGCCCUUUCUGAUUCUUUCCCCUUUUCAUGGGCUUCUGGUGACUUGGUUGAGUACUGUUCCCGUCUAUUUGCUACUGGACUUGCUUUUGCCCUCUUUGUGGGCCUGCCCGUUAACUUAUUCGGGUCGGCUGGACCCAUACCCGAACCCCUUAAACCGUUCUUGGGUUCUGUUUCUGGUGGCCUUAUUGUUGUCACUUUGGCUGUUGUGAGGAUGUAUCUUGGUUGGGCUUAUGUUGGUAACAGAUUGCUCAGUGCCACUGUUGAAUAUGAAGAAACAGGAUGGUAUGAUGGCCAGAUAUGGGUGAAGACUCCUGAAGUUUUGGCACGGGACCGCCUUUUGGGUUCUUUCUCUGUGAAGCCUGUCCUGAGUAGAUUAAAGAACACCUUAGUGGUUCUUGCAACAUCAUUGCUUGUGUGUGUUGUCGUUUUUGUCAAUAUUGAGAAUGUCCAAAAGGAUAGUUACAUACCAUCAGAAGAAGCUGGUGGUAGAUCUGUACCAGGAGUCUACGAUGAUGAGUCUGCAAGAUCAUUUGAACCUGAUGCAUUUUGUGGUGGUGAACCUGCUGAUCCUUAAUUCUUAAUGCACUUCUGUAUAUAGUACCAUGUAACCAUAUGUGUACAGUAAUAGAGUUAAAUGUAUAUUCUUCCUUUCCUCCAUUCUCCUGUUUCUGGAAAUGCAUAAAUAUAGUUCAUGUUAUUUCUCUUUUAAGGUGUGUUCGUAUGAACUAAAUAUUUUAUGAAAACUUGUUUUC